AUGCUGAAAAACAGAAAGCAACGAGAAGUUCAUUACAGGAAAGGCAUGGGAAAUGGAUCUGGGUCUUUGAUAUUUGCUAACUAUCCAGUCCCCAUUUUAUCGGGGGACAACUUUAAGAACUGGAAAGAAUCUAUUUUGAUUCAUUUGGGCUGUAUGGAUCUGGACUUAGCAUUAAGGAUAGACCAACCCGCUCCUCUUACGGAUGUAAGCACUGCUGAUCAAAGGCAGAUGUUGGAGAAGUGGGAAAGGUCUAAUCGUUUAAGUCUGAUGAUCAUAAAGAAAAACAUUCCAGAAAUAUUUCGGGGUACGAUAUCUGAUGAUAUCACUAAGGCUGAAGAAUUUCUCAUCGAGAUAGAAAAACACUUUACUAAAAGCGAUAAGACGGAAAUGAGUACUUUUCUUAAGUCACUCAUUACCAUGAGGUAUCUCGAGAAGGGGAACAUAAGGGAGUACAUCCUUAAUAUGUCUAAUGUCGCUUCAAAACUAAGAGCACUCAAGUUAGACCUUUCAGAGGACAUGUUAGUCAUAUUGGUCCUGCUCUCACUUCCUGCUCAAUACGAUCAGUUCAAAGUUAGUUAUAACUGUCAAAAGGAGAAAUGGACUCUUAAUGAACUCAUUUCUCACUGUGUUGAAGAGGAAGAAAGAAUGAAGCACAAAAGGACUGAGGAGGUACAUAUGAUUGGAACCUCGAAAUAUGUCGGCGGCAAUAAAAGAAAGUUUAAGGCCGUGAAAAUUGAAACUGCUAAGGCUCCAGUCCCAGCUCCUUAG